AUGGCGGAGACGACGAAGGUGAUGUAUAUAGUGGUGGUCGACGAUGUGGAUGCGGCGGCGACGGUCGAAGAAGACGGAACCGGGAAUUGGAAAGAUUCGUUCCGGUAUACGCGUCCGGUUUUGCAGAGCACUCUUCAGCUUAUGGGAUGCAAAGCGCGUCACGCCUUUAAGAUUAGUAAAAGGGUUUUUGAGUUAAUAAGAAGUGAAGGAUCCUUAAUCCUAUCGCCUACCUCGCAUGCGAAAGAAUCUGAAUUUGGGAAGACAGUUGAUGGUGUAGAAAAGCUUAACAAAGCUAGCUCUUUGCCUACUACCGAUGGUGAUGUUGACAAGUGUAAAAGUAAACCGUUCGAGAUGUACAAGAGGCGCACAACGGUGGUUGUUCCGAGAGAGAUAUUUGUAAAUGUGGUCUGUGAUGCUCUCGCUGAAUACAAGUAUGUGGGUCAUGACCAAAGAGCAGACCUGAUUCUCGCUUGCAAGAUUCGAGAAAGGAAAGAAUCUGUGACGGUUCUGCUUUGUGGCACUAGUGGCUGUGGCAAAUCUACACUCUCUGCACUUUUGGGAAGCAGGUUGGGGAUAACAACGGUCGUCUCAACCGACUCAAUCCGUCACAUGAUGAGAAGUUUCGUCGACGAAAAGCAAAACCCUCUGCUGUGGGCUUCAACGUACCACGCUGGAGAGUUCCUCGACCCUGUUGCAGUAGCUGAGUCUAAAGCCAAGAGAAGAAGAGCCAAAAAGCUUGAUGGCUACGCAAAAUCAACACUUGAGGACGAAAAACCUGACGUUGGGUCAAAAUCAACCACCCCUGUGUUGCUAAGCCCCAAGCAAAUGGCUGUAGAAGGAUACAAGGCGCAAAGCGAAAUGGUGAUUGACAAUCUCGACAGGCUCAUCACUUCUUGGGAAGAACGGAAAGAGUCUGUCGUCGUCGAAGGUGUCCAUCUAAGCCUCAACUUCGUGAUGGGGCUGAUGAAGAAGCAUCCUUCGAUUGUUCCUUUCAUGGUGUACAUAGCGAACGAGGAGAAACACUUGGAACGUUUCGCGGUCAGAGCCAAGUACAUGACUCUGGACCCGGAGAAGAACAAGUACGUCAAGUACAUACGUAACAUCAGAACGAUACAGGACUACUUGUGUAAACGAGCUGACAAACAUCUUGUCCCUAAGAUAAACAACACGAAUGUUGAUAAGAGCGUGGCUGCGAUACACGCAACGGUGUUCAGCUGCAUGCGAAGGCGAGAAGCAGGGGAGCAGCUGUAUGAUGCUACCACGAACACGGUCUCUGUGAUCGACGAUGAGUAUAGGAACCAGUGUACGGCGAACUCGUUGAGCUCCAAAGGAAUGUUUCAGUUGAUUCAGAGGAAAGGCUCUUCUAGGAAUCUGAUGGCGCUCUUGAAUACUGAUGGCACUUUCGCAAGAACGUGGCCGGUUAGUGGUAAGGUUGAUGAGAGCGGGAAGCCUGUCGUGUGUAAUGAGAAAACAGAGGAGAAUGGAAUGGAGCAUCCGGUUUAUGGAUAUUUGCAGAAAGCAGAACCGGUUAACCUUCAGUUUGGUUUGUUUGGGAUCAGUGCUUGGCCUAGUGAUGGAGCAACGAGCCGUGCAGGGAGUGUAGAUGACUCUAGAGCUGACUUGGCUGAUAAUGGAAGUAAGCAGUUCUCUUCUUGCUGUAGCUCGCCGAGGAUGUCUGAAGGAACAUCUAAAGAGCUUAAGGAGGAGCAGUCUGUGAAUGGAAGCGAUGAGGAAGUGGAGGAUGAUCCUCCUGAGCAAGAUACUGAUUUUAGCGAUGACGAUGACAAUAACAAGCGAGACCAUGAAGAGGUGGGAUCUGUUGAUGAGCAAUCGACAAAGUCAGAUGAGGAGUACGAUGAUCUUGCAAUGGAGGACAAAAGCUACUGGACAGACGAGGAGGAAGAGUCUAGAGAUACUGUUGCGGUGAUGUCUGAGAAAAACCACCACAAGCAGGCAACGAAAGAGGAUAAGUACAUACAGAAUCUAGACCUUUUCAUGCGGACUGCGAACCAGCAGCUGGUCGAGCCGCUUCAGCUAUGUGCCUCGCUGCUCACGUGCGAGAAUGGGAACGCGAGGCUCUGGUCGGCGGGUAAAGAAAAGAUGAAGAAACGUUCUUUAAGCAUCUCGGCUCUUGGGAAAUACUGUUCUGGUUUGGGUGAUCCGAUCCUCUUGGGAGCUCCAUGA